AUGAUUACGGAGUUGGAAGGAAAAUCAGCUGUAGAAAUAUUCGAAAACUUGUUGUGUCACGACAUUCUAGAAUAUAUUGUGCACGAAACUGUAACCUACGCCAAACAUUAUAAAAAUGAUUUGAACUUCAAUCUAACUAUAAAUGAGUUAAAAGUCUUUGUAGGAAUUUUGUUUUUCUCUUCGUGUCAUCACUUGCCGCAAAGUAAACUUUAUUGGUGUAGAGAUGAGGAUGUACAUAUUCCAUUUGUUGAACCGGCAAUGUCCCGUAAUCGUUUUGAUAAAAUUAAAUCCAAUUUAAAUUUCAAUGACAACUCACAAAUUGAUAAUACUGAAAAAGUUUUCAAAAUUUGCCCACUUAUCGAAAAAGCUAAUGAAUCAUUCCGAAAGUUUGGUAUAUAUGAAUCCAAUUUAGCUGUUGAUGAAAUGAUCGUCAAAUACUUUGGUCACCAUGGAAUCAAACAAUUUAUAAAAGGUAAACCAGUAAAGUUCAGAUAUAAUCUUUGGGCACUGUGUGGAGUCAGCGGAUAUUGUUACAACUUUUCGCUUUACACGGGCAAGGAUGCUCAAAUCUCUGCUUGUAGUAACGUUGGCUUGGGUGCAACAGUGGUAAAAAAGUUGCUUGCAAUUUGUACAGAUCCCAGAGCACACGUAGUCUACUUCGAUAACUUUUUCAGCAGCAUACAAUUGUUGAUUGAUUUGAAAUCUCAAGGGUUCAGAGCUACAGGGACAGUCAGAGAAAAUAGGAUUAAAAAAUGUCCUAUCAUGACCAAAAAGGAGAUGAAAAAGAAAGACCGAGGUUUUUCCGAUUAUUGUUUUGAUAAAAAUAAUGAUGUUUUGUACGUGAAAUGGCAUGAAAACAAUGUUGUUAGUCUUUUGACUAAUUUUGAUUCUGUUGAACCUUUGGUAAAAACGAAUAGGUACUCAAAGAAAGAAAAGGCCGAAGUAGCCGUGAAUCAGCCAAUGCUUUUUCAUAAUUAUAAUAAAAAUAUGGGAGGAGUGGAUAAACAUGAUUGGUUGAUUUCUAAAUAUCCAAUCUGCUUUAGAGGUAAAAAAUGGUAA